CGUGCAUGCGACUCGUGGCAUACUGCAACUACCUCCAUUGACCUUCUCGACAACAUCAGUCAUGACCCGACUUCCACUUCCUUCCGUGUCGAAUACAACAUAUCGGACCAUGAUCAUGCGGCAGUUUUCUCAGUUAGAGCGUUACAUAGUUAUGAUCAGUCUAAGCGGAGUGAUCCGUCUGAAUGGCUCUGACCAGGUGCCAUCCGACUGGUAUACAUAUGUACCAGACUUUAACCCAAACAUUACCUAUUAUCUGCUGGGUGUGACGUGGAGUAACGUGUCAGGACCAGUUCUUGACUGUCAAGAGGCACAUCAAUAUAGAAAGUUUAUAUUUAGAAAAACAGAAUUUGUCUACAGGAACCUGAUAAUGAGUCCAACCACCUCAGCUACAGUAUCAUCAACCAAUUCUACCACAGCAGUCUCCUAUAAGGCGACCGCAUCAGCAACUAGCCCAGCGACGACAACUGAGCCGGGAAUUCCGUCAACAAUCGCUGUAUGGAACUCUUCGGAGAGUCCAUAUAACAACAUCUCUUUUGGCGGAUGAAUACAUCAGCAUAUUAUCAACCUGAUUACUCGGUGCGCGGAAAAUAGUUAUAUUAAUGAAUUGUUG